ACGGGUUGCAUAAUUUUGACAUUUGUCACGUCUUGGCUUGACGUUUCGCUUAAUAGAGUGAACUAGUUAAAAAAAGAAAAAGUGGGUCUUAAAUACUUGCUUCACUUGUGUUUCACUUGUGUUUUUAAGCGCCGGCUGAUUUUUAUGUGUUUCAUUGUAAAAGUGGCUUCCGAAGACCUACUUAGUGUAUAGGUUAAAAUGUUGACGUUACCUUUUAGAAAUCUAAUCACAAAGACUGCGAAGAGGACUUUACAAACCAAUUUAUUAAUAAGGGCUAAGUCGACCAAAGAAGAGCCAAAUGAGAGUCAGAAGCUUCAAGAAGCAGCUCUGAACGAGAAUUUGUUCCUUGUGGACGAUAACGAUACGGUUGUGGGUCGAGCCUCCAAACGGGAAUGUCACCAAGUGGGGAAGUGUGGCGGCAUUCCGCUGCAUAGAGCUUUCAGUGUGUUUCUUUUUACAAGCCAUGGGGAUUUACUGUUACAGAAACGGGCGUCCGAAAAGAUUACAUACCCUGAUCAGUAUACAAACUCGUGCUGCAGUCAUCCAGUUGCCGAUAUUCCAGGCGAAGAUGAAGAAAAGGACGCUCUAGGGGUAAAAAGGGCGGCCCAGCGACGAUUAAACCACGAACUAGGAAUUCCGACAGAUAAGCUACCUUUAGAACAAUUCACGUAUCUAACCAGAGUGCACUAUAAGGACGAGGGCGAUGGGCAGUGGGGCGAACACGAAAUCGACUAUGUCCUGUUUUUCAGAGGCGACGUGCCAGUCAAGCCUAAUCCGAACGAAAUUUCUGAAAUUAGUUUCGUCCCGCGGGGCGACCUAGACCAACAUAUACCCACCCUGGGGACUUUAACGCCUUGGUUUUAUUUAAUUUUGAAAAACAGAUUGAAGUUGUGGUGGGAUAAUCUAGAUAAUUUAGACAAAUUUAAGGAUCACCACAAUAUCCUCAAGCUAGGUGGCGCUAAAAAAAAUUAAAAAUUGUCCUGUUUUACAGCCUCAGUAAUUAUAAGUUGGAAAAAUUAGAAGCUGCAUUCAGCAAUUUAUGAUCCAAUAAAAUUAAACACAAUUGAGUUUUUAUAAUGUACAUAAUUGCUAUCGGUAAUAAAGGUUAUAAAUAUUUAA